CUACUAAUAACUUAAAAACUUAAACAUAAAUAUUACAAGUUCUUAGAUCUACGUUUUACCUUUCAUCUCUAGAUUUUCGGUUGCAAUUUUUGGAUCAAUAUUGAUCAUGUUAGAAUGACUCGUUUGUGUUUUCUUAAAUGUUUACUUGAUUCGCAUGCGCCUAUUAAUUUACCUCAUAACGUUGAAAUACUUGUAGGCCGUAGUAAAAUUACAAAAAUUAAAGAUCAGUCUUGUUCACGUCAACAACUAAGCCUCAAAGCUAAUUGUGAUGACUGUAUUGUUGAGGUUAAGCAAAUCGGAAUAAAUCCAUCGGGCUUAGAUGGCUUUUCAUUAAAACAAAAUUGCUUGUAUAAGGUUGGUCAUGAAAGUAGAAUUGAAAUUUUAUUGAAUAAUUACAUACAUUCGAUAGAAUUCCAACCACCACCUGAUAAUUUUAGUCCAAUUAAGAGGAAUAAAAGGAAAAUAGAAGAUGAGGAGAUUACAGUUAAAAAGAAAAAGUGUAACAAAACUCCUGACAAAGACAGCGUUUUAAGUAUAAAAGAAGCCAUGGAAGAUUUAUGGGAGUCAAUUGAUGAAGGUGAAUUGUACAUAUAUACAUCAAAAGGUGUAAAAUCUAGUAAGAAAAUAGCUGCAUUUGAUAUGGAUGGAACUUUGAUUAAAACAAAAUCUGGAAAAGUGCAUCCUGUUGAUACCAAUGACUGGCAGCUUGCUUUCCCUGUUGUUCCAACAAAAUUAAAGGAACAACUGGAGAAUGGGUAUAAAGUUGUUAUAUUAAGCAACCAAGCUCCUAUAGGAAAAGGCAGAGUAAAAAUAGAAGAUUUUAAGAAGAAAAUUGAAAAUUUAGUAGCCAAAAUAAAUAUUCCAAUUCAAGUUUAUAUAGCUACUGGUAAAGGAUUUUAUAGGAAACCUACACCAGGAAUGUGGCAAACUCUCAUUGAAAAGAAAAAUGAUGGGUUAUCAGUAGAUAUGGAUUCCUGUUUUUACUGUGGUGAUGCAGCAGGAAGGGUGGCAAAUUGGGCGCCGGGUAAAAAGAAAGAUCACUCCAUGGCGGAUAAGUUGUUGGCAGAAAAUCUUGGCCUUACAUUUUAUACUCCGGAGCAAUUCUUCCUUGGACAUUCUAUAGCUAAUGUACCUAUGGCCAAGCCAGAAUUUAUACCCACUGAAGUAAAAACGGAACCUUUUAAUGAUAACCUUAUUAGUGACGAUAAAGAGAUUCUUGUUUUAGUAGGAUAUCCCGGUAGUGGCAAGUCUUUUCUUGCUAAACAAAUAGAAAAAAAGUCAUCAUAUAAAUAUGUAACUGUGUGCAGAGAUACACUAGGAUCCUGGCAGAAAUGUGCCGCUGAAGCGACCAGGUUGUUGCAGCAAGGUAAAAGUGUUAUAGUAGACAGUACUAAUCCUGACAUAGAAUCUAGAUCCCGUUGGACUUCACUUGCCAAAGACAUGAAAGUGGUCUGCCGAUGUGCUAAGAUGGCCACUACUAAAGCACAUGCGCAGCAUAACAACAAGUUCAGAGAGCUUAUGAGGAUCAAUCACUUGCCCGUCAAUGAUAUUGUCUUUAAUACAUACAAAAAUAAAUAUAAAGAGCCAACAACCAACGAAGGAUUCAAAGAUGUCAUCGAAGUUAAAUUUAAUCCCAGUUUCGACGAUGAGAAAUCCGAAAGAUUAUAUAAAAUGUAUCUCCUAGAAAAAUAA